GUUUAGUACUUUUGUAUAUUGUAUUUGUAUGACAGUAUGAGGUGUUCAAUAUUUUGGUUUGCUUCCAACUAAACUAAAAGUCUAAAAUACAUUGUUUUAGUUGCACUGAAAUCCUAAUAGACUGAGUUGCCGUUGCCGUGAAUCACUUUAGCCGGUUAGCAUUUAGCAUCCAAACCAAAACUAUUUACCCCCAAUAGCCUAGAGUUUUUUUUUUAUAACUUUUUUCUUUUUCUUUGUAAGGAGACUUGCAAGGUUUUAGUAGAGGUCUAUCUUAAUCAAAAGCCCAUGCAUGAUAAACAGAAGGAGAAAUUAAAAUAAUUUGGGCCAUUAGUGGGCCAAACAUGAAAACUUGGUAUUGAUGGUUUACUAGUUCCUUUGUAAGUUGGUCAAAAGUCCGAAAUCAGGAGCGAGAUAAUAAAGAAACAACGAGUUGUUUUACUUUUCAAGGAGAGGAUAGCUCAAGGUUUUUGAUCGAUCGCAAGCUGAAUAUUGAAUCCAACCUUUAAUCUGAGAGGAGAAAGAAGAUGUUUGCAGCUUCUUGUCUCGCAUCGUGUUGUGCUGCUUGUGCCUGCGAUGCUUGCCGUACUGUGGUUUCUGGGAUCAGCAGACGUUCUGCUAGAAUUGCUUACUGUGGUCUCUUUGCACUUUCCUUAAUCGUUUCAUGGAUUCUCCGUGAAGUUGCUGCUCCUCUCAUGGAGAAGCUCCCUUGGAUUAACCAUUUUCACAAGACACCUGAUCGUGAAUGGUUUGAGACUGAUGCUGUGUUGCGUGUCAGCUUAGGGAAUUUCUUGUUUUUCUCUAUUCUAUCGGUUAUGAUGAUCGGUGUGAAAAAUCAGAAAGACCCUCGUGAUGGUAUACACCAUGGUGGUUGGAUGAUGAAAAUAAUCUGUUGGUGCAUUUUAGUCAUCUUUAUGUUCUUCCUUCCAAAUGAAAUCAUCAGUUUCUAUGAGUCGAUGUCAAAGUUUGGUGCUGGAUUUUUCCUGCUUGUUCAAGUUGUACUUCUUUUGGAUUUUGUUCAUGGAUGGAAUGACACAUGGGUUGGCUACGACGAGCAGUUCUGGUAUGCUGCUUUGCUCGUUGUUUCUCUUGUAUGUUACUUGGCAACAUUCGUCUUCUCUGGGUUUCUCUUCCACUGGUUUACUCCAUCUGGACAUGAUUGUGGACUCAACACCUUCUUCAUUAUCAUGACUUUGAUAUUUGUAUUCGUCUUUGCCAUUGUAGUUUUGCAUCCUACUGUCGGUGGAAGCAUUUUACCAGCAUCGGUUAUAUCUCUGUACUGCAUGUACCUCUGUUACAGUGGACUUGCAAGUGAACCCCGGGAUUACGAGUGCAAUGGUCUCCACAAUCACUCUAAAGCUGUUUCAACAGGCACAAUGACCAUUGGCUUACUCACAACUGUUCUCUCGGUUGUUUAUUCUGCUGUUCGUGCUGGUUCUUCCACUACUCUUCUCUCCCCUCCUGAUUCUCCUCGCGCAGAGAAGCCUCUGCUUCCGAUAGACGGGAAAGCAGAAGAGAAGGAAGAGAAAGAGAAUAAAAAACCAGUUUCAUACUCAUACGCAUUCUUCCACAUCAUCUUCUCCCUUGCGAGCAUGUACUCUGCAAUGCUCCUAACCGGCUGGUCAACUUCAGUUGGUGAAAGUGGUAAGCUGGUGGAUGUCGGGUGGCCUUCAGUGUGGGUCCGUGUUGUGACCAGCUGGGCCACUGCUGGUCUCUUCAUCUGGUCCCUUGUUGCUCCCAUUCUCUUCCCCGACCGUGAGUUCUGAGCUAAUGCAUCUACUUGAGAUUCUGAAUAACUUUUCAUGAAUCUUCAAUUUGUAAAAAAAUAUUCGAUCUUUCUACUAUAAUAGAACAUCGUGUGCUUAAUCACGAAUGGCCUUUGUUGGCCCUUCUGUAAUAUGAAGAUGAUAUAAAUAAAUUCCUUUCUCGUAAUUUUCAUCUGUCUCGACUUCUCCACAAUUGCGUUUUGCCCGAUUCGCGUUUGUGUUUUGUUUGGUC